AUGUUCACUACCAGGAUUCCUCAAGGGACUACGCUCUUCUCGCCGACCACCGGAUCGGCCUACGACGGCGAGACUCUGUACGAGUUCCUGCGACAAGCUCUUCAUGACAUCUUCCAGGAAAAGCUCUUCCCGUCAAAAACCCUCGAUUCAGCUCUUCAUCGUUCGUCGGGCUCGAAGCUUUCGGUUCACGUGUUCGGCCCUUCUAACGCGGGAGGCUUCCUGGAGAAGUGCCUCGCUGUGUCCGGAUUCAAAGAUGCGAAGGUCCAAUUAUCUGAGAUUGCCGAGACUGGUGAACCCCAGGAUGCCAUUGCCAUUGUUGGCAUGUCUGGUAGAUUUCCUGGUGGUGACAACCUCCAGGCCUUCUGGGAUAUUCUUGUGCAAGGGAAAGACCUCCACAAAAAGGUGCCCAAAGAUCGCUUCGACGUUGACCUUCACUGCGAUCCAACCGGCAAGACCCCGAACUCCACCCUCUCUGCUUUCGGGUGCUUCUUGGACAAACCAGGUCACUUCGACAACCUCAUGUUCAACAUGUCUCCCCGCGAAGCUGCUCAGACGGAUCCAUGCCAGCGGCUGCUGCUGAUGGCAGCGUACGAAGCACUCGAGACAGCCGGCUACAGAUACGACGCCAAGCCGGAUCGAGGCAACGUCGGGUCCUUCGUAGGGCUUACGACGGAUGACUGGCGAGAGUACAACAUCAGCCAGGAAAUCGACAUGUAUUUUGUCACAGGUGGUCUUCGUUCGUUUGGCUCGGGAAGAUUGAACUACUUCUUCAAGCUCGAGGGGCCUUCGUAUGUCCUCGACACCGCUUGUUCUUCCAGCGCGGCAUCCAUUGAGCUGGCCUGCGCUUCGCUCCUUGGUCGUGACUGCGACAUGGCUUUGGCUGGUGGAGCCAACGUCAUGACCGGUCCGAAUCUCUGGGCAGGCCUCAGUCGAGCUGGCUUCGUCUCCCCUACGGGCUCCUGCAAGACUUUCGACGAGACCGCCGAUGGCUACUGUCGCGGGGAGGGUGUUGGCAUUAUUGUUCUCAAGCGUUUGGAGGAUGCGAUCCAAGCGGGAGACAACAUCCAGGGCGUCAUCAGGGGUAUCGCGACGAACCACUCGGCGAACGCCCUGUCCAUCACGCAGCCUCACGGCCCGACUCAGAAGAAACUAUACAAGCAGGUUUUGCGUAAAGCCAAUCUGACACCCGACCAAAUCCAAUACGUCGAGAUGCAUGGAACCGGAACCCAGGCUGGGGACGUUACCGAGAUGAACUCGGUCGUGUCAACGUUUGCAUCCGGUCGCGAACCUACGAACCCUCUCUACGUUGGCGGCAUCAAAGCCAAUGUCGGUCAUGGCGAAGCAGGUGGCAAUACUUGCAUGGUUAUCGAAGAGCCGCCUCGAAGGUCUAUCAUCGGCAAGGAUCCUCGCAACCUCCAAGUUGUUACAGUUUCGGCAAAGACCCGAUCUUCGCUCAGAGGCAACAAACAACGGCUCCUCGACUACCUUGUCAGGUAUCCGAACUUGGGACUCGAGAACAUCGCCUACACUCUGACCGCACGGAGGUCCCAUCAGCCUCUGCGCUCGUCCUUCUGCGCAUCGAGUGUACAAGGCCUCAUCAAGGCACUUUCCUCAGACCUUGGCAGGACCACCGACGUCGUCAACAGCGUCGGCCAGGGCUCCAUUGUGUUCGUCUUUCCGGGACAAGGGGUCAAGUUCUUCGGCCUUGCGAAGAAUCUUUAUGGUUCAUGCCCGCAGUUGCAGCAGUCGAUCUUGGAACUCAACAACAUCGCCAAGACCCUGGGCCUGCCGCCGUUCAUCGAUCUCAUUCUCAGAGAACAGUCGAACGGAGCCAGCCCAACGCGCACACAUCUCGCCAUCGUGGCUCUGGAGAUUGCAAUCGCUCAGCUUCUCAAGUCGUGGGGCAUUGUUCCCAACGCCGUACUCGGCCACAGCUUGGGGGAGUAUGCGGCCCUCUGUACAGCAGGUGUGCUGACGGUCGCCGAUACUCUUCUCCUCGUCGGUCGGCGGGCUCAGUUGGUCGAGAAGCUGUGUGUGAAAGACACCCAUGGUAUGUUGGCGAUUAGUGCACCUGCGCAGAAGAUCCAGACUCUCAUCGACGAGACCCCCGGGGCGGGCAUCGCCAUCGCCUGCUUCAACAGCCCCGUGUCGGUUGUUGUCAACGGUAAAAUGGAGGCCUUGGAACGCUUCCGCACGACGCUGAGAGAAGGCAAUUCGAUCAAGUCGACCUACUUAUCGACUCCUUACGCAUUCCAUUCAACCCAGCUCGACCCCAUGCUCGACGCCUACCAGACCGUGGCCAAGUCUGCCCAGUUCUGUAAACCAUCCAUUCCGGUGGUCUCGACUCUUCUUGGGCGGGUGGUCGACAAGGAGGGUGUCUUCUCGGCCUCUUAUCUGGCCGAGCAGACUCGCAAACCGGUCCGUUUUGAAACGGCGAUCACGGCGGCUCGUGAUGCUGGAUACAUCACCAACAACACCCUGAUUGUGGAGGCCGGGCCCGGCGCUAUGUGUCUUUCAAUGGCAAAGUCCACACUCGCUGCCCCCUGCAAGCUUCUCCCGGCGUUGCAAUCCGCGAGCUCUACUUGGGAGGCUCUUUCUCAAAUUGUCGCGGAAGCUUACACGAGUGGCGUCUCCGUGGACUGGGCAGAGUUCCACCGUCCUUACAAGCCCAGCUUGUCCGUCUUGGACCUCCCGACAUACCAUUUCGACCUCAAGGACUUCUGGAUCCAGUACCGCGGUGGCGUUGCAGCCCUCGAAAGAGACAUGAAGGCAAAGUCCUUGCAGGGUUCCCAGAGUCCCGGACAGGCGUCCUUGGGCACUUGCUUGCACCGUCUCGAGUCCGAAGACAUCGCAAAGGACAACGGCACGGUCGAGUUUUCGGUCGACCUCCAGGAGCCGACUUUGCGCAAGUUGAUCGAUGGUCACAACGUCGUCGGCAUCGCACUCACGCCCAGCGGCGUUUAUCAAGAGAUGGCUUGGAGCGCAGCCCGUUAUCUGCACGGUCGGAUGAGCCCAGGUGGUUCAGAUGCGCAGAUGGUUUUGCAGAAACUCGACAUCUUCUCGCCCCUUUUCCUGGCACAGUCGACGAGCCCGCAGAUCGUCACGGUCCGCGCAACCACCAAGACAGGGUCCAACACCUUCGUCGUCACCGUCGGCUCGGACAAGGACCACUCGCGCUGCGAGCUUGUCAUUGCACCUCCCCACCAGACGCAGAAGGACGAAUGGAAAGCUCGACGAGCCCUAGUCGCGCCGAGAUCCGCCGAGCUCUUGCAGCCCGCAUCUCAACGUCCCGUGUACCGGCUGUUCAAGCAGAUGGUGUACAAGAUCUUCUCUCCCAUCACGGACUACUCGAGCGAAUACUGGUCCAUCAACGAGGUGUUCAUCGACCAGUCUUUUACCGAGGCUGCAUUCAAACUGGAUCUGCGCGAGACUCCGGCCGGGUCAUCUUUCACCUACGACCCCUGCUGGCUGGACAGCAUCGCCCAAACCGCUGGCUUCCUGCUCAACUCCAAUGCGUCCAAUCCGGCAGACGUGGUUUACAUGUCUACCGGUUGCGAUGCCUUGAAGCUCAGCAACGAGCUGACAGGCGGGAGGCAGUACCUCUGUUACGUCCGCGCGGAGAUUUCGGACAAUGGCAGCAGUGUGGUCUGUGAAACGACCGUCUUCGACGAGACCAGUGCCGUUGCCAUCGGAGAGGGUCUCAAGUUCAAGCGGGUGAAGAAAGCCCGCCUCCGCCAACUGCUUGGCUUGCCUUCGGCAACACAACCCGAUCCGGUCAAGAACAAGGCUGCCCCGCCAGAGCAGAAGAUUGCCGUCGAGAAGGAAGUCAAGCAGCCCCGAGUGACCAGUAACUCCACCGAUAAGCCAACCGCAAAGGUCUCCCGUCGCGAAACUCCGGACCACGAGCAACUCUCCGCCGUACUGAAGGUUAUCAGUGCCGAGGUCGGGACUCAGCUGGAGGACGUGGAGAACCACACCACACUGGAGGACUUGGGCGUCGACUCCCUCCUCACGGUCGCCAUCACCUCCAGACUGAAGUCGGAGCAGAACAUCGAACUGCCGGCGACCCUCAUCGCCGGCCCGACCACGAUAGCAGAGCUCAUUGCCUACUUUGACGAUUCGACGGCGGAUAUCGUUGACGAGCCCACCGACGAGAGCGGCGCCUCUACCCAGGAUUCGCCAUCGUCCGCUAUCUCGACUCCGCCGACUUUGCCAGUCGCCGAUUCCCCGAUAUCUGGCAUCCCAGGCCUCGAGGGUGUCGACAUGAAGGACAUUCUUCUUUCUGUCAUCGCCAAGGAGAGCGGGCUCGAUCCGAGCGAGAUUGGCAUGGACACCUCUCUCGCUGAUAUCGGCGUCGACUCUCUCAUGAGCAUUGCCAUCAUCGGAGCCGUGAAGGAGCAGACUGGAACCGAGCUCCCGGCUUCUCUUCUCGCGGACUGCGCGACCGUAUCGCAAGUGGUCCGCACUAUUGCCAGUGACAACUCCCAAGAGUACCACAGCAACGUCGUCCUCCUCCAGGGCCACCCGCAGAGCCAACAACGCCUGUUCCUCAUCACAGACGGCUCCGGUUCGGCAGCGGUCUACCUCCACCUCCCCAAGCUAGCUCCGAACCUGACAGUCUACGCGCUUGAAGCGCCUUUUCUGGGCAGAGCGUCUGAGUUCACGGGCAGCAUGGAGCAGAUCGGGUCCAUCUACGCGCGCGCCAUCCGCUCCGUGCAGCCCCACGGGCCCUACAUGAUCGGCGGCUUCUCCGUGGGCGGCAUGUUCGCCUACGAGACCCUGCGCCAGCUCGUUGAGGGCGGCGAGCAGAUCCACAGCUUCCUCGUCUUCGACGCCGCGUGUCCGAAGAAGCUGCAGGGCAUCCCGGACGUGACCGUCGAGGUCUGCGAGAUGACGGGCAUCUUCGACAGCAUUUCCGAGACGGACAAGCGGAGGCCCCUGACGCUCGAGCAGAAGACGUACGUCGCGGGCUGCGUCAAGUGCGUCAUGAACUACGACCCGGUGCCCCUCCCGGCGCAUGCCAGGCCGGUGCACACGUUCAUCAUCUGGGCCCGGAACGGGUUCUUCGACAAGCUGUCUGACAAGGUCAUCGAGGCGGACAAGAUCCUGACGGCCAAGAGCGGCCUACAGAAGGAGGCUAACCCGGACUGGAUGGAGUGGUUGACCGUGGAGCGUAGUUCGUUUGGUCCUAGAGGUUGGGAUAGGUUGGUUGGGGAUGUCGAGACGUUUGUCGUCGAUGGUGACCAUUUCUCCAUCAUGAUGCGUCCAAGGAUCACCAACGAAACGGGACCUCUGGUGCAGAAGUUGGCCAAGAAAAUGGUAUCGACGCUGGACAAAGCUCGGCAACUAACGCAAGUUGCCGAGUCCCCCGCAGCGCUUCAAAGGAUUCGAGACACGUUCAAGAACUCCACUGAUCUCGUCCUCGGCUUCUCCGACGAGGCAGGAUGCUCCGGGUUCUGGGACGAGGUGUUCCCUACCCAGCAACAGUUGGUCCUCGCCUUCGUCACCGAAUCACUGGCCCGGAUGGGCUGCAACCUAGACGCGCUGGCGCCCGGAGAGGCUCUGGAAAUCAGCAACACUCUCCCCAAGCACCAAAAUCUGCUCCAGAUCAUCUACAAAAUCCUCCAAGACGGCGGUCUGGUCAAGUCCCAGCACGGCAGGUUCCUCCGAACCUACCAGCCCGUCGACAAGACACCCUCGUGGGCGAUCUACAACCAGCUCAUCCGAGACCACCCCCUCCACAACAGCGAGCACGAACUCCUCCAAGUCGCGGGCUCCAAGCUGGCCGACUGCCUCACGGGGGCGAUGGAGCCGCUCAGCCUCAUCUUCGGCAAGAGCCGCGGCCUGCUGCAGGAGUUCUACACCAACGCGCCCAUGUUCGUGGCCGCGUCCAAGUUCGCCUGCGAGAUGAUCGGGCGCGCGUUCGCGGGUGUUGCGUCCCGCGUCGAGAUCCUCGAGGUCGGCGCCGGCCUCGGCGGUACGACAAAGUACGUGCUCGACAAGCUCGUCGAGAACGCGGUCCCCUUCACGUACACGUACACGGACAUCUCGUCCUCCUUCCUGGCCGAGGCGAAGAAGAGGUACGCCCACCUGCCCCCGGGCAGCGUCGAGUUCGUGCCGCUGGACAUUGAGAAGACGCCCCCCGAGAAGCUGUGCGGGCGGUUCCACGCCGUGCUGUCGUCCAACUGCGUCCACGCCACCAGGAGCCUCGCGGAGUCCUGUGGCAACAUCCGCAAGCUGCUCUGUCCCGGGGGCUUUGUGGUUCUUGUCGAGUUCACGACGAGGCUGUCGUGGUUGGAUCUGGUUUUUGGGCUGCUUGAGGGGUGGUGGCGCUUUGACGACGGGCGUACGCAUUGCUUGGCUGAUGAGCACUUGUGGGAGUCGACGCUGAAGGCUGUUGGUUUCGAGAACGUGCUCUGGUCGGACGCUGAAGGGAACAAUAAGCCGAAUCCUCAAACUAUUGUGGCUUUUUAA